AUGAAGCUGGUCCGGGCCGCCCUGGGCCUGCUGCUGCUGGCGCCGCCCUUGGUGCGGGCGGUGGAGCCCAUCAGCCUGGGGCUGGCCCUGGCCGGUGUGCUCACCGGCUACAUCUCCUACCCGCGCCUCUACUGCCUCUUCACCGAGUGCUGCAGCCAGAAGCGGAGCCUCAGCCGCGAGGCAUUGCAGAAGGACCUUGACAGCAAGCUCUUUGGACAGCAUCUUGCAAAGAAAGUGAUUUUAAAUGCUGUAUCCGGGUUCAUAAGUAACCCAAAGUCCAAGAAACCUCUUACCCUCUCCCUGCAUGGAUGGACUGGCACAGGGAAAAAUUUUGUCAGCAAAAUCAUAGCUGAGCAUAUUUAUGAGGGUGGACUUAACAGUGAUUAUGUACAUCUAUUUGUGGCUACAUUGCACUUUCCACAUGCUGGGAACAUCGUACAAUAUAAGGACCAGUUACAGUUGUGGAUUCGGGGGAAUGUGAGUGCCUGUGCAAGGUCCAUCUUCAUAUUUGAUGAAAUGGAUAAGAUGCACGCAGGGCUUAUCGAUGCUAUCAAGCCAUUCCUUGACUACUAUGAUUUGAUAGAUGGGGUCUCCUAUCAGAAAGCCAUCUUCAUCUUUCUCAGCAAUGCAGGAGCUGAAAGAAUAACAGAUGUGGCUUUAGAUUUCUGGAGGAGUGGAAAGCAGAGAGAGGAAAUCAAGCUGAAAGACAUGGAGCAGGCGUUAUCUGUGUCAGUCUUCAAUAACAAGAAUAGUGGCUUCUGGCACAGUAGCCUAAUCGACCGAAACCUCAUUGAUUAUUUUGUUCCAUUUCUUCCUCUGGAAUACAAACACCUAAAAAUGUGCAUCAGAGUUGAAAUGAAAUCUCGUGGCCAUGAAGUUGAUGAAGAUAUUGUAACUAAAGUGGCAGAGGAGAUGACAUUCUUCCCCAAAGAAGAGAGAGUUUUCUCUGAUAAAGGCUGCAAAACUGUAUACACUAAGUUGGAUUAUUACUACGAUGACUAAGUAUUUCAGGAUGCAUUUAUUUGCAUUGAAAAGGAAAGUACUCAAAAUGGAAACACUUGGGCUCCCCCCCCCCAAAUUCCUUUUCCUAGAUGAGGAGGAAAAUGAAUUUUAAGUCUUUUAUAGAAAAAGGAAUUUCUCCUUGCCUUUUUUAUUCAGAGGAAUCUGCAAUAGCCAUCGAACCUUUUCAAAAGCCUGGAUCUGCCUCCCUAACUUACGUGGGAACAGCACCAAUGAAAGAAGUCAACCGUUACCUAACACGUUUGUAAUAGUGCCUAUGAUUUUUUUGAAAUCACAUUUUAAUUACAGGUUUCUGUUUCAAGGAAAGACAAGUAAGUUUUAUGUAAGAUGUGAUGAGGUGACUCAAAGUAGUUUUUAAUAUCAUGAGAAAUUUAUCCUUAAGAGUCUAAAUUUUGAGGUUUUGAGAGUUUACCAAAAAAAAAUCUUGAUAAUGAUUAUGUCUUUAGUACAGAAACAAACAUCAGUGAUCUGGAAAGCAUUUCCUAGAUUUCAGUCAAUGUAGUCCAGGGACAGGAAUAGGGAGAAAGCAAUCUGUCAGAAGAGGGUAAUUGAAGCUGUCUUGUCAGUCCUGCCCACAGGAGCUGAGAAAUUUUAAAGAGAAGGAAAAAUGUAUGAGAAGAUGAACAUCUGAGGCUAUUUGUUGUAUGUAUGUCACAAAAAGCCUUAAAAAUAUCCUUUCAAGGAAGUUCAGUGUGGUAGUACUAAAAUAACUGUUAAUUAGCAAAAAACUUUUAUAAGGACUGAAACAGUGAGUUUAUGAAAAUAGGAUUGUUCUUCAACUGAAAAGGGACACGGCAUCCUGAAUGUGUUUCCAGUUGAUGACUUACAGAAACGAAGGCCAAAUCACACGUUCCAUUCGUUCCCAUCUCACUUUUUAUUCCUCAUGAUGCCCUUGCUCCGAAGUAAGAGCAACUGUACUAUUUAUGCACCUGCUGUCCUUAUUUAUAUGUGGUGAGUUCUGCCAUAUUUUUAAGCCCUUCUCUACAAUGACCAGUUUUUGCUUUUAUGAUCAAGGGAUUAAAUACACUCUUCCCCCCUCAGCCCCAAACCCUUGGAAAAUUUACAUGCAUCUAAUAAAGAUGCUGAGGAUAGUGUUUUUAUUUAUAAAUACAAAUAACUGGUUUUUCAAUAAAAUGUGAUUUUCUAGUUUGUAAA